AUGGGAAUGCGUCCGUUUCCCUGGCGCAGGCGACUCCGCAGACUACGCGCGGGUCGAUGCGGACUCCUGCUGCUCGUGUUGUGCACGUUUCUCCUCACGUUCCUGGCGCUUGAGUGCGCCCGGCGCGAACUGCGGCCGCAGCGUGCGGCGGAGGAGGAUCGCCUGCCACCGCAGCCGCGCACGUUGGCGGGGAGACUGGCGUACGCCGUCGUCGUCACGAAUGAGGAUUACGUCGACGGGGCCCUUGUCUUGGGCGACUCGCUCACGCAGCACUCCCGCCACGUGGCGGACGGGCUGGCGGAGCUCGUGCUUCUCUUCCCGCAGGGGCGGCUCUCUGCGGAGAGCCGCGGCCGGCUGCGCUGCGCCGGGUGGAGGCGUGUGAUGGAGGUCUCCGACUUGUCUGCGUACGCCCCACGCGCGCGCCUGCGAGACACCUUCACGAAGCUGCACGUCUUCAACCUCACCGAGUACGCCCGGGUGGCGAUGCUUGACGGGGAUAUGCUGAUGCUGCGCAGCCCGGACAAAGUAUUCGACACCGAACUCCCCAACGAGCACCACGUGGGCGCCAUUGGCAGCCAAACCAGGAACUACUUUCAGACGGGGAUGAUGCUCCUGAUACCAUCCCGUGCGGUGUUUCUUGCCCUGCUGCACAGCUUAAAAACCGACCGACGGCAACAGGGGUACUAUGGCAGGGACGGUCACCUUGUUCGCGGCUACUUUACGUCGCAGUACGUCAUUCUGGACCACUUCCUCAGCAUUCACAUCCACCCCGCUGAUCCCGUUAUUGAGAAGGCCAUUGGGCUCCACUACCGCGGUGCAUGGAAGCCGUGGCACAACCGCGAAGACCCCCCGCCAGCGUCAAGGCACCUCACGGCGGAUGCGCCCGUGCAGGAACUUGGGGCGCCGUAUCGCCUCUGGUGGGAAGCCUAUGAGAGACUGCACGUAAGGUGUCUGGCGCCACGAGAUGCGGUUGGGUCUCCCACUCGAGACGCCAACGCCCCCGCGGGGUACGACCCCGCAGAAAGCGUGUGGCUCAUGCGGCACACGGCUCACAGCUACAUGCAGUGGAUGGCGCAGAAGGAGGAGCAGCAGCGUAACACGACACUCACCGGGCUGCGCGUGGUGGAGUCUGAGGAGGGUGCCUCUUGCGACGAGGCGUGUGGCAGGGCCGGAUUGCAGUGCAUCGAAAAAGCCCUGAGUUUCCUGCGCGUCAACUCGGCGGCGUCGUUGGAAGUUGUAUUCCUCUGCAUGCACACUUCACGGGAGAUUCCUAUGCCGUAUUACCCUUCCUUCAACGUCCGAACGCUGACCUGUCAUGUGAACUCCAUGUACGGCAAACACGAGCGGCCAACGUGCGGGGCGAAGGCGCCUCUGCAUCGGCGCUUGUGCACGUGCCUCGAGGCAGCGGCGUAUCGUGGUGCGAACCUCGCAUCUGCCCCUGCCGCCUCGGAAGUUCCUCGUCAAGCCCCACCAGAGUCCGCCCCACCUCAUACUGAAGGGCCGAGGGCUGCAGAAGCAAGUGGUGACGCAGCGGCCUGCUCCGAAUGGGUUCCAGCGUCCACGCAUGCGGCUGCGGCGGUGCUGCGCAGCAGAAGAUGUGCGUCCUUCCUUUCGCAGUGGAACGAUGUGGAGGCGGUACCGCGUCAGCGCGAUGCCCGCACAAUUAAGGUUCGCCUCCGCUACAAGAACGGCGCGGCUGCCAUCGUGAAGCUCGAGCAGUUGUCGUUUCCGCUUGAGCCGCACGCGGAGUACGGCGCCUACGCCGCGUCUCUGCUGCUGGGGAUAGGCAUGGUGCCCCCCACGCGCCUCCUCCACCUCCCGGCGUCCGUCCUUCGCGAGGCGCUACUGACCGGCGUCAACGCGACCGAGCGGCGCUUUCUUGAGGAGGAGCUGCCGUGGCUUCGCCGGGCCGCCGCUGCCGCGGAGGCGUUGACGGCGAGUGCCCAGCUUUGGCUGCCGGACGACGUCGUCGCGUUUGGCGACGCUGCGCCGCCCCUCACGCGGCGCCGCUUUGACGCCUGGCUGCAGGCAAAGUCCAGCCACAGCACCAACUCCACCGGCGAUCGGGUGAUGUUUGACGUCGCCAUUAUGCGCUUUUUUGACUACGUCAUCGCCAACGAGGACAGGACAUUUACGCACAAUGCGCAUGUGCUCGCAAAGGGAAAUACGACGCAGGUUGUCUUAUUGGAUCACGGUAAGAGCCUGCAUAGUGAUUCAGCGGAGGUGCAGCCCAAUCCCUUGCUCCCCCCGAGAGACUUCCACCCUGACGAGGAGGCGGCAAAGCCAGCACCCAUGUGUAGGCUGCCAGGCUUUGUGUUGCGGCAGGCCAUGCGUCUUUCAAGCAAGCGAUACGAGCCGCUUCACUCCCUGCUGGCGCGUGGUGAGGCUGGUGGGAGUGGCAGAAUAGAAGGCAGUGAAACCCUCGCAGGGCAGCUGCUGCGCGCGGCGCCGUCGAACAAUGUCACCUGGCGCCUACCAGAGAAGAGCAUUCUGGCGGUGCAACUUCGUUUGGAGACGGCCUUGGCGCACUUUGCAAAGUGUGCGGAGGUUUUCGGGCUAUCCCAUGUCAUUGGCUAA